GGCAAUUCUCAUCAGAGAGCUAAAGGAAACUCAUCUCCGAAAGAACAUGAGUAUGAGAGCGCUUCCACCAAUCCAUUCCAAAGGUCAUCUGGAGGUUGAUGAUAUUUUCUGGCCAUUGAAGUAAAAACCUCUGUACCGGCACCGACCCGCUGUAUUACACAACUCUCGACUACUAACCAGGUAAACCAGUCCAUAUCCAAGAUGGGUCGCAAAUUCUGUGUCGGUGGCAACUGGAAGAUGAACGGUGACAAGGCCAGCAUUGCCGAGCUGUGCAAAACCCUGACCACCGGACCGCUGGAUGCCAAUACCGAGGUAGUGGUCGGCUGCCCGGCCCCCUAUCUGACCUUGGCCCGUGCUCAACUGCCCGAAAGCAUCGGAGUGGCUGCCCAGAAUGCCUACAAAGUCGAAAAGGGAGCUUUCACCGGUGAAAUUUCGCCGGCCAUGCUGAAGGAUCUGAACAUCGGUUGGGUUAUCCUGGGCCAUUCGGAACGGCGAACGAUUUUCGCCGAAUCGGAUGAACUGAUCGCCGAUAAGGUGGUUCACGCAUUGGCCGCCGGUCUGAAGGUGAUCGCUUGUAUCGGCGAGACGCUGCAGGAACGAGAAGCCGGUCAAACCGAGGCUGUAUGCUUCCGCCAGACCAAGGCCAUCGCCGAUAAGGUUAAGGACUGGAGCAACGUUGUGGUUGCCUACGAACCGGUGUGGGCCAUCGGUACCGGAAAGACUGCCACCCCGGAACAGGCCCAGGAGGUUCACGCUGCCCUGAGGAAGUGGUUCAAGGAUAACGUUUCUGCCGAUGUGGCCGAUGCUAUCCGCAUUCAGUAUGGAGGCUCAGUCACUGCCGGAAACUGCAAAGAGCUGGCCGCCAAGCCCGAUAUCGAUGGAUUCUUGGUUGGUGGCGCCUCGUUGAAACCGGAAUUUAUUCAGAUCGUCAAUGCCCGGCAGUAAGAAGGGAACUAUUUAUAUAUCAUUAAAUCCACUCAACCUCAUUUAUCGAUCCUUCUCGGAAGAAUUGCAAAAAGUCAAAGCUGAAUCCCGUCAACUCUCUAGAUUGGUACUGGUCUGUGGCAAAAGGGCAUGGUAAUCCAACAAGGGAGAGAGUAAAACUUUCUAUUUUAAGAUAAAUCGUGAAAUUACAACUAUGUUCUAGUUUAUAAAUAACAGCCAUGUUAUCGCUUAGGGAGAAAAAAGUAAAAUAAUGAAUACACCAUGAAAUUGUUUAUUAGGUGCAA